AAACCUGUAAUGCGCUGGGGACUGAGCAGAGGAGAGUAGCAGCAAAGUAAGAAAUGGCGAGGUGGUGGAACGCCGCCGCAGGUGAGCUGAGCAGGGCCGUCGCGCUGUCGAAACCUAGGGCUUCAUCAUCAUCAUCUGCAACUAUAUCGUAUCAUACUAUACAGGCAAUACCAAGAGAUUACACAGGUAGCAAAAUCGCCGCCAGGGACAGAGCCCAAGGCAGAAUCCCUGCCGUCAUCUUUGCCCAACAAUUCCAAGAACUCGACCCUAAUGAAAGUACGAUUAGUGGCGAUGGCAGUAGAAUUAGCACAACGGUAUCAAGGAAGCAUCUCAUCACAACUGAGAGGAAACAGAUUCAUUCCAUUCUCAAGUCGGUAGGACCUCUCUUCUUCUGCUCUACCACCUUUCAGCUCCAAAUUCGUGCCGGAGCCGGCUCCUCUCAUCUCCUCGAGUCCGGAACAGUCCUUCCUAUAAAGGUUCAUAAGGAUGCCGAGACGGGGAAAAUCCUGAACCUAGUUUUUGCUUGGGCUAAUAGUGGUUCAGAGUUGAAGGUCGAUGUGCCAAUCGUUUUCAAGGGAGAGGAUCGUUGCCCUGGGAUCCUGAAAGGAGGGCAACUGAACAGGAUAAGAGCAAGUUUGAAAUACCUUUGCCAAGCCGAACACAUUCCACCAAAGAUUGAAGUUGAUGUGAGCAAUCUAGAUAUCGGAGAUAAAAUUCUGGUGCAUGAUAUUGAAAUCCAUCCAUCAUUGAAGCUUUUAAAUAAGAAUGAGAAAAUGCCUAUAUGUAAAAUUGUGGCUACAGAGUCCAAAAGCUCAGAAUCUGCAGAUAAACUCUGUGUGUAGUCAGGUUCACGAUAGUGCAGAUACUUUCAAAAACAGUUGCUGCCUUGCCAACGAGGAAAUGUGCUUCCUCUUGAAUUGGUGCAUUGAAAUGCAUAGAGAUUCAAAUUGCACCCAAAAACAGUAUCGUGCUCCUUACCAUGUUUUCCGGAUGUUGUACUUGGCUUACCAACAUUAUUUGUUUAUUUAUUUAUCUGUCCUCUUUUUCAAGCUUCGAACAUUUAACAAUACCCAAAUAGAAUUGCUGAAUUUGUAUGAAUUGCAUCGCACAAGAUUUAAUGGUUCAAGAUAUACUUUCUAGGAUCAAAGAUUUGAUUUGUUAAUAGAAGUAUAUUGUUGUUUCUGUUUUA